AAACUGGAGGUCUGGGCGGAGAACAGCAUCAGUCAACGCACUACCAGUCUCUGAGAACACUCGUCUCUUACCAAAAAAACCAAAAUCAAAAUGAAAUUCCUCGUCUGCUUGGCCCUCUUCAUCGCCGCCGCCCAGGCUCAUGUUGUGGCUCCCGUCACCACCUAUGCCGCUGCUCCAGCCCUGACCUACGCCGCCGCCGCUCCCGUGACCACCUACGCCGCGGCUGUGCCCCGCGCCUACUCCGCCUACGCCGCCCCCUCGGUCUACUCCGCUCCCUCCGUCUACUCCGCCUCCUAUGUGGCGCCUUCUGUCUAUUCCGCCUACUCCGCCCCGGUCACCACCUACGCUGCCGCCCCUCUCGUCUCCACCCUGCUGAAGAAGUAG